UAGCUCGAGGUGCCGCGUGUGUCGUGUUGUGGAAGCCAGCAGGCGGGCGGCAUGGCGGACCCUGGCGGCGGGGAAGGGCCAGAGCCGGGCCCGGAGGGAUCAGAGACCCUCCUGCUCCUGGCAGGCGGCGCGGAAGGGGGCGCCGAGGAGAUCGUGGAAGUGGUGGACCUGGAGCCGCCUGGGCCCGAUGAUCUGGCUGGUGAGAUGGAAGAUGUGGAUCUCGAUGAAGAACAGGGCGCUUGGGUGACUGAAGAGGAGGAUGAGGGAGUAGAAGAGGGCAUGGCGGCCCAAGAUGACAGCGAGGUCACCUUCUCAAAACAUACUGCUUCUGUUUUCUGUGUCAGCCUUGAUCCCAAGACUAACACGCUGGCAGUGACAGGUGGUGAAGAUGACAAGGCCUUUGUGUGGCGCCUCAGUGAUGGAGAACUCCUUUUUGAAUGCUCAGGUCAUAAAGACUCUGUCACAUGUACUGGGUUUAGCCAUGACUCCACCUUUGUGGCUACAGGUGACAUGAGCGGAUUGAUCAAAGUCUUGACCAAAGAGGAGAUCUGGUCUUUUGAAGUGGGUGACUUGGAGUGGAUGGAGUGGCACCCUCAAUCCCAUAUCCUUCUGGCUGGAACAGCAGAUGGAAACUCCUGGAUGUGGAAAAUCCCCAGUGGGGAAUGCAAGACGUUCCAAGGGCCAAACUGCCCUGCUACCUGUGGACGUGUCCUUUCCGAUGGAAAGAGAGCUGUGGUUGGCUAUGAAGAUGGAACAGUUCGCAUCUGGGAUCUGAAGCAGGGGAGUCCACUACAUGUCCUUAAAGGUCAGGAUGGUCAUCAGGGCCCUUUGACAUGUGUGGCCAGCAAUAAGGAUGGCAGCCUAAUCCUGACAGGUUCUGUUGACUGCCAUGCCAAGCUGGUGAACUCUGCAACGGGCAAGGUUGUGUCUGUGUUCAAGGCAGAGAGCAUUGUCCCCAAGCCUUCAGUGGGAGAGACUGAGGAGGCUGAAUCCAACUCAGUGGAGUCGCUGGGUUUCUGCAAUGUGAUGCCACUGGCAGCUGUUGGCUAUUUAGAUGGGACCUUGGCCAUUUAUGACCGUGCUACCCAGACCUUAAGACACAAGUGCCAGCAUGAGUCAGGGAUUGUACAGCUCCUGUGGGAGGACAGCUCACCUGUGGUUUAUACCUGCAGCCUAGAUGGGGCUGUGUCCCUCUGGGAUGCCCGUUCAGGAAAGUUGAUCAGUGAGUACCGGGGCUACUCAGCAGAAAUCCUGGACUUGGCUUUGUACAAAGAUGCUUCCAUUGUAGUUACUACUUCCGGCGAUCACCAGGCCAAGGUGUUCUGUGUGCAGCGCCCAGAUCGCUAACAGGGCUUCGCUCAGCAGAGAAUGACGCUGUGGAGAGACAGGACUAUGUGGAUGCAGGCAGCCAGGCCCACAGGACUGUGGCAGGGUUGACGUAAUCAUGUCUUGGGG